AUGCCCGCUGAAAUUGAUAUUGAUGAAGCUGACGUAUUAGUUUUAUCCCAAGAGUUACAAAAGACAAGUAAACUCACUUUCGAAAUCAAUAAAUCUUUGAAAAAAAUUGCAGCCACAUCCAAUCAAUCCAGCCAACUUUUUACUCCUAUUCUUGCUAGAAACAAUGUCUUGACCACGUUACAAAGGAACAUUGAAAGUACUUUGAAUUCAGUUGCCUCAGUGAAGGAUCUAGCCAAUGAAGCUUCUAAAUAUGAAAUUAUUUUGCAAAAGGGUAUCAAUCAAGUCGGGUUAAAGCAAUAUACCCAGGUGGUACAUAAAUUGGACGACAUGUUAGAAGAUAUUCAGUCUGGACAAGCUAAUCGAGAAGAGAACUCGGAAUUCCACGGGAUUUUAACGCAUUUGGAGGAACUGAUCAAACGCAGCGAGGCCCAAUUAAGAGUGUAUUUUAUUUCAAUCUUGAACAGUAUCAAACCUUUUGACCCCCAGAUAAAUAUCACUAAAAAGAUGCCAUUCCCAUACUACGAAGACCAGCAGUUGAGCGCUCUAUCAUGGAUUUUAGACUAUUUCCAUGGAAGUUCAGAAAGUUCUACUAUACAAGACAUACUCGUCGGCGAAAGAAGUAAAUUGAUUCUUAAGUGCAUGGCAUUCCUUGAACCUUUUGCUAAAGAAAUUACCACUGCAAAAAAUGCACCCUAUGAAAAGGGUAGUAGCGGAAUGAACAGUUACACAGAGGCGUUAUUAGGCUUCAUCGCUAAUGAGAAAUCUCUGGUAGAUGAUUUAUACUCUCAAUAUACAGAAAAUAAACCUCAAGUUUUGUCGCAGAUUUUGUCGCCUUUAGUAAGGGCAUAUACUAAGCUCUUUAGUUCAAAUUUGAAGAUUGUACGAAGUAAUCUCGAGAACGUUGGAUUCUUUAGCUUUGAGUUAGUCGAAAGCAUAAAUGAUGUGAAAAAAUCCCUUCGAGGCAAAGAACUACAAAACUAUAAUUUAUUGCAGGAAUGUACCCAAGAAGUGCGUCAAGUAACACAAUCAUUAUUCAGAGACGCCAUUGAUAGGAUUAUCAAAAAGUCAAACUCUAUUUCUACUAUUCCCUCCAAUAAUGGUGUCACCGAAGCAACAGUAGAUACCAUGUCAAGACUAAGAAAGUUCAGCGAGUAUAAAAACGGAUGUCUAGGUGCCAUGGACAAUAUCACACGUGAAAAUUGGUUACCGUCCAGCUAUAAAGAGAAAGAAUACACUUUACAAAAUGAGGCAUUAAAUUGGGAAGAUCACAAUGUAUUAUUAUCGUGUUUUAUAAGUGAUUGCAUAGAUACGUUGGCGGUUAAUCUUGAGAGAAAGGCGCAAAUAGCACUGAUGCCUAACCAGGAGCCGGAUGUGGCUAAUCCUAAUAGUUCAAAAAACAAGCACAAGCAGCGUAUUGGAUUCUUCAUUCUAAUGAACUUGACACUUGUUGAGCAGAUUGUGGAAAAGUCUGAAUUAAACUUAAUGAUAGGUGGGGAAGGUCACUCUAGAUUGGAACGGCUGAAAAAACGCUAUGUUAGUUAUAUGGUAUCUGAUUGGAGGGACUUAACUGCAAAUUUGAUGGAUUCAGUGUUCAUUGAUAGUAGUGGAAAGAAGUCAAAAGACAAAGAACAAAUCAAAGAGAAAUUUAGAAAAUUCAAUGAAGGUUUUGAAGAUUUGGUAUCAAAAACAAAACAGUAUAAGCUUUCAGAUCCAUCAUUGAAAGUAACUUUGAAGUCAGAAAUAAUUUCGUUGGUUAUGCCCAUGUACGAAAGAUUCUACAGCAGAUAUAAGGACUCUUUCAAGAAUCCUAGAAAGCAUAUCAAAUAUACCCCUGACGAACUAACUACUGUUUUAAACCAAUUGGUUAGAUAG